AUGGCAAAUAAAAUAUUAUCAAUAGCUGACCUUGAGGAGGCGGCUUCCAACUCACUGUCCGUCUCCGCGAGAGAAUUUUUUAACUCUGGCGCAACAAACCAAGUCACACUUCAUGACAAUUAUGCUGCGUAUAGAAAGUACCGCCUCUUACCAAGAGUUCUGAGGGAUGUCUCGCUUGUUGAUACUGGAAUUUCCCUCUUUGGCCGAGAUAUCAGAUUUCCGCUCUGUGUCUCACCCGCCGGAAUGCAGGCUAUGGCUCACCCAGAAGGUGAGCUGGCCACAAGCCGAGCCUGUGCCAAAAUUGGCGUCAACAUGGGUGUCUCUUCCUAUGCCAACCACUCGGUUGAAGAGAUCACCGUCGCUGGAAAAGAAGUGGGACCAAUUCAUCAUGUGAUGCAGCUCUACGCGAUGAACGACAAAGCUAAACAAGAACGAAUCGUCCGUCGGGCUGAGGCUGCGGGAUGCAAGGCUAUAUUUCUAACCGCAGAUAGCCCCGUACUUGGGGUGCGCUGGAAUGAAUGGCGGAAUGGUUUCAUGCCUCCAGUUGGCUUGGGAUAUCCGAUGUAUGAGAGAACAUCUACCGAGAUUCAGCAACAAUCCCAUGAUGAUGGGUUUAGCUCGACAAACUCGGAUUCCCAUUCCUGGGCUACGGAGAUACCGUGGUUGCGCAAGGUCACGAAGAUGGAGAUUUGGAUUAAAGGCGUUCUCACCCCGGAAGAUGUAGAGACUGCUAUUGAAUAUGGCUGCGAUGGUAUCAUUAUUAGCAACCAUGGAGGCCGGCAGCUGGAUGAGACACCGGCCACAAUUGAUGCGCUUCCUGCCUGUGCUAAGGCUGCGCGGGGGCGGAUCAAGAUUCAUAUUGAUGGUGGAAUUCGAUCUGGGGUAGACAUUUUCAAAGCCUUGGCUCUUGGUGCUGAGUGCUGUUGGGUUGGUCGUCCUGCACUUUGGGGACUUGCGUAUGACGGUCAACAGGGAGUCGAGCUGAUGCUUAAGAUCCUGUUCGACGACUUCAAGCGGUGCAUGCAGCUCACAGGCUGGCAGCUGUUCAGCGUCCACUCGAGUGUGAAAUUGGAGAAGAUAGAAGCUUACAGAGCGAAUAUCCUCACCAUUGAUAGCUCAGCUGAAAUGCAAGGAACCUCGGGACCCUCGGGAAUGCAAGAUGAGUCAUCAAUGAACGGCUCUGCCACCAUUCAGCUCCUUAGUGACCAUAGCAAACGUGACUCCAACUACUCGUUGCACAGUAUGCAGUCCGAGAAAGGUCCACUUCUAGAUAUAAACGAGGUCUACGAUUCCGAGGACAAUGUCUUUGUUUCCAGCCACACCCAUCACAAUAAGUUACAAAGAACUCGCCCCUGCUGGGCGAGAACCGUGAGGAAAGGGCUCUGCGUCAUUGUGUUCGUCGGUUUUAUUACCUACUAUCUAGGAUUCCCACAUGGCUCUCCGUUUGCUGAGGAGAACCCGUCCCCACACCCCGAGGCUCCCCCGCUUUGCCAGUCGCAAGAAUGCAUUCAUGCUGCAUCUGAAAUCCUUUACAAUCUUGAUCCCAACUACGAGAACAUAGAUCCCUGCACUGAUUUUGACCAAUAUGUCUGCGGUGGAUGGAGGGAGCACCAUGACAUGCGGCCCGACCAGGGAUCGAUAUUUGCAGGCACAAUAAUGGGAGAGAAUGCCCAGACUAAACUUCGUCAUAUCUUGGAGCGCACAGAACCGCCGCAGUCAUCCGAUGCUGACAAUUUCAAGAAACUCAAAUCUGCAUACGAUGCUUGCUUGGACGAGGCUACCGUUAGCAAACGGGGUAGCAAGCCUUUGACUAAGAUUCUGGAUGAACUGAAGACUAUCUAUCCCGCAAAGGCAGGCCUUGUGAAAGGAGCGCAGGAUCAACUCACUAGUGCUCUGUUGUAUCUGGCGAACGCUGGUGUCGAGGCUCUGGCUUCUUCCGGUGUUACUCCCGACGAUAGAGACCCUGAUAAUGUUGUUAUCAUGAUCUCGCCGCCUCGUGAAAUCGGACUCCCUGCGAGAGAGUACUAUAAUAACACAAAGACCGUGGCUGACUACACAUCCGUUUUGAAGCAAGUUGUUCGAGGACUUGCUGGAGAUGGAUUUGACAAAAUUGCUGAGGAUGUUGUGGCCUUUGAAAAAAAGCUCGCGGAUGUGACUCCGGACACCCAAACCCAGGAAGAUGUUACCAAAUACUACAACCCUCUUACUGUCAAGGAAACGGAGGCACUGAUACCUGAGAUCUCUUUUGCUGAUAUUAUUUCAUCUUUGGCGCCCCAUGACUACAAAGGUGACCGCCUCAUUGUUGGGUCGCCUUCUUACAUGAAGGCAUUGUCUGUUCUCUUGAAAGAUACACCCAGAGAGACCAUCCUGCUCUUCUUGCAGUGGAAGCUCAUUCAAGCAUUUGCGGAUGUUAUCGAGGACGCCUCCAUUGAACCUCUUAGGCGAUUCGAGAAUGAACUCGCUGGCAAAGAGCCUCAGGCUAAGGAGGAGCGAUGGCGUAAAUGCCUUGGACAUCUGGAUGAAGGGCUCGAGUGGAGUCUCAGCCGUUUCUAUGUCCUCGAUGCGUUCUCCGAGGACUCGAAGAAACUUGGCGAUCAAAUCGUUUCCGAUAUUAAGGAGCGAUUUAUCUUCACCCUGGACCAGACCAGCUGGAUGUCUCCGGAUGUGCGAAAAUUGGGAAUUGAAAAGGUGGGAAACAUCAUCCAGAAGAUCGGAUUUCCCACGAAGAGUCCCAAUGUUUUAGACCCCGAGGAUGUGAAUAAAUUUUAUCGGGAGCUGGAAUUGUCCAGGGACACUUACUUUGAGAAUGAGGUGGCCGUGGCGAGGUUCCAACUCCGCGGCGAAUGGUCUAAGCUGGGAAAGCCCACCAACCGUGACGAAUGGGGCAUGAGUGCACCAACUGUCAACGCUUAUUACAACCCACCAGGUAAUGAGAUCGUUUUCCCUGCCGGCAUUAUGCAACCGCCAGCGUUCUAUGGACCCUCCGCUCCUCUGUAUCUGGCAUAUGGUGCAUUCGGUGCCGUCAGUGGCCACGAACUUUCACAUGCUUUCGAUUCUACCGGUCGACACUACGACGAGAGUGGAAACUAUACUAACUGGUGGGACGAUAAGACCGUUGAAGCAUUUGAAGAGCGUGCUCAAUGCUUUGUCGAUCAGUAUUCCAACUUUACCGUUCUUGGUCCCGAGGACAAGGUUCUCCACGUAAACGGACGACUGACACUGGGCGAGAACAUUGCGGAUGCUGGAGGUUUGACAGCAUCAUACCACGCAUGGAAGAAGCACGAUGAGGCGAAGCCUGACCUCCACCUCCCAGGAUUGGAUGCCUUCACCAAAGAGCAGCUGUUCUUCAUAUCCUAUGGUAAUUGGUGGUGUGGAAAGACUACCAAGGAGGCGGCCGAGCAGGCGAUCUAUAACGAUCCUCAUGCGCCUAAAUCAGCACGAAUUAUCGAAACUAUGGCCAACUCUAGGGAGUUCAAGAAUGCCUUUAGUUGCCCAGAUAGGAAGCCAGCUUGCAAGCUUUGCAACUCGCUGGUACCCAUGUUUGAUACGUCACUGACUCUACAUAUGGAUGCCCACGAUGCUCGAGAGGAGGCGAUUCUGCUCGGCCAAGAUGCCGAAACCCUACAGCUGCUGAUCUCCACGGCAAUCGCUGCUCAGCACAUGCGGGAGUCGGCCUGA